AUGCACAAGCUAUUUCCGUUUCUCGCUUUGCUGUCCAUUUGUGCCUCAGACAAUAGCUAUUUCACGGUCCCCGAAACCUGGAACUACGAUACAGAAGAAUUUUCGAAUUAUGUCUACCAGAUCGGAAUUGAUACGGUCUUCGAAUGGUAUACUGAUCUGGAUUAUGCUGCUAUAUGUAUUACCUGCGAUAAUGGCAAUCAUUUCGAUGAGAUUACAGGAACCGAACAGGGCGCAUGGUCCUAUCGAUGGGCGGCCGAACUACCACUUAUGUCUGUCGAACUCGACUCAGGAGAUGUCCAAUGUGUCCUUGCCAUUGCAGACUACCAGACCUACAAGAUCUUCAACUAUUCUCAACCCUUCUUACUCAGGUCAGCUGAAGGAUUUGAAAGCAUUCCGAGCGUGGUCACGUCCUACAUCCUAAGCACCGCCACCAUGGUCUCAUUCACCGCGCGCCCUACUGCCACAUAUUCUGAUGGGGUCUCUUACUCGAGCGACUCCCCUCAAUACGAUCCAGCGGAUGGCUCAGAGAAGGUCUCGAGCAACAAUACACUGAUCGGAGUUGCAGCUGGUUUGGGUGGUCUUUGGGGUUUGACGCUUUUGAGCCUGGCUGGAUUUUGCUUCUACUGGACGCGGAAGCAGCGUCGCCGGGAAGGGCAGCGACAACCAGAACAAGAGGUCGUCCCUUACAAUCCUAUAAUGGUACCAUAUCACGCACAUACCACAGAGCCUGCUCCACCAUUCACUUCAGAGAUGGUCACGACGAGAGCGCCACAAGACCCCAAAGCUCCAGUCACAGGCCGCGAAACACUCACUGCACUUCCGAGCAUGGGAUGUCGAAGCACCACUCACAGUAGCGUGGUAUCCGAAUUGGCUGGAUAG